AAACACAUCGGCAACAUGAACGCUUUGGUCCUUGUCUUCGCAAUCGCCGUGUCUGUAGCACACGCGUCCAUUAUCCAUGGAGGUCCCGCGGCUUUAGUUGGACCUGCAGCACUUGGUGCAACAAUUAAAGGACCGGCAUCUCAAGCUUCGGUCGUAGGACCUGAUGGAAGCGCAAUUUCCGCGGUUGCUGAUUCGGGCGCCGUCGUUGCCGCUCCCAUUCCUGGUGGAGUAGUGUCAUCCGCCGUUACCCAUGGUGCUAUUGCAGCACCUGCCGUUUUGGCAGCCCCAGCAGUUAUCGCAGCUCCCGCUUUGGCAAAAACCAUCGUUGGCGCUCCAGCUGGCGUCAUCGGUCACGUUGGUGGUUACGGAUGGCCCGCAGUCCACGGAUGGCCAGCAGCUCACGGAUGGCCAGCAGCCCACGGAUGGCCCGCAGCCCACGGACUUUGGACGCAUGACGCGUCCUCAUUAAGUGUAAUUAACACAAAGCGCUAUAAUUAUGUUAAAGUAAAUGGUGUGAAAAUGUCAAAACCUGACGCUGGACCAGAUAAUCCCGAAGAGGACUCCCCGAAGAAGAAAGUGAGGUUUUGGCACCGAACAAUUGUAGUUAAAGGACUUGAGCGAGCAACAACCUUCAUCAUGAUUAUGUCCGCAAUGUUUAUAACGACCUUUGUCGCUUUUGCAGUUUUAUGCGUCGCAGUGGCAAAUGCCGGAGUUAUCCCCGGUGCCAUAGUAGAGACCAUCGAUGGAGGUGCUAUCGUCCAAGGACCUAGCUCAAGCACCGCUGUACAUGGACCAGACGGUAGUGUUAUCGCCGCCGAUGCUCCAGGUGGUACCGUUAUUGCCGCUCCCAAAUCAGCCGGUGUUGUAGCUGUCGCUCCUGCCGCCGCAGUUGUUGCCCACGCAGCUCCUUUGAUUGCCGCCCCCGCCCACAUUAUCGGUGCUCCCUUGAUUGCGCAUUCGAGCCCACUUAUCGCCCGUGCCCAUCUCGGGUAUCCCCUUCUCGCACCAGGAUCGGGCCUUGAAGGACAAUACGUGCACGACUACACCGAAACCUUAUACGAUAACGGGCAGUACCAUGGAGAAAUCUACCACUAAAGCAUAAUUUUAUUGUUAUUUAGGAGUGCGUUUUUUCUGUUGUACACGUUAGUCAAACAAUUUAAAAAAUAAAGAAAUAAAUUCAAAUGUGAA